UUAUUUGCAUUAGGGCUCAGAAGAAACGUUUGCCCUCUGACUUUUGUCAUGAGUUUCUUGACUCUGCAAGCAACUCCCACUAAUACCGUUAUCUCAUCUGAACUCGAGAAUAAUCUGCAACUGCCUAUUUACUUUUCCAACUCGGCUGUAGAAUCUGCAUUUCUUUGUCCCCUCAGUCCCCUCAAUCGGAAAGUGAACUUGCUCAGAGCUUUCUGUUGGCUGGGGAUUUUGAUGCUGAGUGGAAGUCACAACAGAAUAACUAACUAUUUUGAAUACGCAGGACCACAACCAGGAAAACCAGCAGAAACCAUCUUCUGAGGGAGGGAGUCGGGAUGUAGACCUGUUCAGAAACCUGUCAGGUGUUGUAAACACCUGCAGAACAGGAAGAACACCUCCUGUUGCUAUGGUUUCACUCAGUAACAGGCAAUACCUGUACCUAUGUUCUGUGAGCUUCAGUGGAAGGAGGAGGGGAAAUCAUCUCGCAUCGGCUCUGCCUACAGGCUGGCCCUUCGAUGAAAAUUCUGUCAUCCAUCUGUUACAUAUUAACCAGCCGUUUCAACAUUUUCUCUUUCAUUACACUCAUCGGCCAAAAGCAGGAGCAGCUCCACCACCAACAAUGGCCAGCUGCAGUAUGGAUCCAGGCCCUGAGAAGUUGUCUCACAUACAGGGUCAGGUGAAUGAUGUAAAGGGCAUCAUGUCACAGAACAUUGAAAAGGUUCUGGAAAGAGGAGAAAAACUGGAUGACCUGAUCAUUAAGACAGAUGAUCUCCAAGCAUCUGCUGACACUUUUCAGAAAACUUCCACAAAGAUUGCAAGGAAAAUGUGGUGGAAAAACACAAAAAUGAUCAUCAUCAUUGUGCCUUCGAGAUAUGUGACAGCAGGUUUACCAAGUGCUAUAAUAAAGGCUGGCAUGCCAAGAGAUGGAAGAGCAAGGAGAAACAAACAGUAGCAAAGGAGGGAUAUAGCAAGCAAGGUUACAUUAUAACUGAAUCAAACUUUGUGUACAGAAAUAGGAAUUUAUCAAAAAAGUGUGCAAAUGGCUUCAUUGUUUCUAGUGUUUUCGUGAUGUAACCAAUGAAGACUAAAGAAAGGGGGAUUAUAAACAGAGGAAGUACAGAAUAAUGAUCUAGAUAUAUUUUACUUCAAACAGCUAGACUAUAAGUCAGCACCACUGCUUGUUUACUUAUGUUGCUUACCUGCCAUACCAUUAUUUCAGUGCAGUACUUGGGCAUAGUUCAGAGUCAGACAUUGUCAAACUAGAUCCCAUCUGCACUCUCAGGUAACUAUAAAUGAUCCAGUUACGCUAUUUGAAUGGAAUACCUAGAGACCGAGCCAAGAUUUAUUUCUUAGUCUGAGACUAUUUCAUCAUUAAUCUUUUCGUGUUCUUGCUGUGCACAAAUUGGCUGCUAGGUUAUCUACCUGUCAAUGAUUUUAAUUCAAACAAUUUCAUAGAUUGUAAAGCACUUUGUGAUAUCCUGUAGUCAUAACAUGUAUGAUGUAAUUCAAAUUCUUUCCUUUUCUUAAUUCAUCAAGUAAUUAUUGUCACUGAUAAGCUAAAAGGAUCUUAGGAGUGGGAUAAAUAACCUGUUACUAUUUAAAUUAACUCCCUGUGUGACAGUGUAAAGAAUUGUUGAUGGGAAUAUAAACGAUGGCUGAAAUGGCUCCAAUCAGUCCAUGCGUCUUUUUGAGCUUUUCAUUAUUGUUUAUAUAAGACACCAUGUCACUAAGUAUAAACAGAAAUAGCCAGACUGCAUGAUCAACACAUCAAAAUAGCCCUGCUGCAUGCUUGUUUUUUUUUAUUUAUAUCAAGUGAAACAAAACACUUUAAAUAGAAUAUGCAGGAAUCAUAACAUCAAACCGCAGCUCAAAAUCUCAGAGCAUGGCACUUCUUAUCCGGGCUGGGACUGGCACCAAUACACACUAACCCACCUACAAUGGUGGCUGGAUCUUUCAUAGCCAUUCAUUCCUGGAGUGGGACUUUUACACAGCUCAACACUGGCUCAGAAGCAGAAGAACUAGCCACUCCAGCCUCAUUAGGUCAAUACUUCCAGUGCAGCACCAAAAGCAGUAUCAAAUCAUACUUGUCAGCUCACAAAGUACCCUUUCUCCCAGUCAAGGAAGGCACAACUUGUUAAUUUUACCUUGACAGUAAACACACAAGUCAUUCAUCUCAUCAUCCUUUAAUAGGAUUAAAAACAGUCCUACACACCUACUCUUUCUCAAUCAUCCUGCAAUAUUUACCCUUCAAAUAUUUAUCCAAUUCCCUUUUAAAAGUUAUUGAAUGUUUCCACCUUCCAUUAAGCAGUUAAUUUGUGAUCAUAGAAAAAAGCUGUGUACUUUUUCAAGUUGCUCCCAGUUUUUUUAGCCAAUGACCGAAAAUCUGUCUUCCAGGUUUCAACUGUCUGCCACUUGUAACUAUUUGUUCUUAUUAACACUAUUAAAGUACUUCAUUUUGAACACCAUUAUCAACCCUCCAAAGUUAUGCCUAACAGCUUUCACAACUUAUCAGAUUUUCAUACAAUUUUCAAAAGAGGCGUAGGCAUAUCCCACAGUCCCUGUUACUACAAGCCCUUUAAAUUUAUACCACUUAAUUUAUACUUACUCUUAUUCUUUCUAGAAAAUCUUGAAGCAUUUACACAAAUAAUCUGAUUCCAAUAGUACAAUGUAAAGCAUGUACGUGGUCUAGAAUUUACUGGAAGUGAACUACUGUUGCUCUUUUACAAAUGUCUGAGACUGCCAUUUGCUUAUGGUGGAAGUUACCUGUGUACAAACUUUUUUUUGACAUCACAAGGAUAAUUUAAACUACUUCAUUUGUUAUAAAAACUGCCAAAGUCAUACCAUUGCGGAAAUCUACUACUGUUUUGACAAACUAUUCCAGCUGUCCAUGGGUGUAAUAGUCAUGGGUAGCUAGUUCAUGAGUAUGAAGCCAGGGAACUCAUAACAUGCUUUGCAGUAGUUCAUUAUCUGUACAACAGAAGCCAUUUAAAGACUGAGAUGGCUUAUAUGUCAGACAGUA